CAGCCCCUGCUGCUGGAGGCUGGUGUGGAAGGGCGGUACAUGACGAUGGUUCUAGCUGUCGGUCCAGUGCUUGGUCUUUUGUUCAUCCCUCUGAUUGGCUCAGCAAGUGACCAAUGCAACAGCAGUUACGGCAGAAGGAGACCGUUCAUCUGGCUGCUGUCUGUGGGAAUCCUUUUAGCACUUUUCAUCAUUCCCCAUGCAGAUUUCCUGGCCACUCAUCUUUUCUGGGGCGGCCGGACACUUGAGAUCGGCAUCCUCAUCUCUGGGGUGAUCCUGCUGGAUUUUUGUGGACAAGUCUGCUUCACACCACUGGAGGCACUGUUGUCUGACCUGUACCGGGACGAGGACGACUGCAGCCAAGUCUUUGCGUGGUUUUCCUUCAUGGUCAGCCUGGGAGGAUGUAUCGGAUAUUUGUUGCCGUCACUGGACUGGAGCCACAGCUUCCUCUCUAACUACGUCGGAGGUCAAGCAGAAAGCCUUUUCUUCGUCCUCAUCCUCAUUUUUAUCUUCACUUUACUUACAACCAUGAAGGUGUCCAAGGAGACCUCGUGUGCAACCAGUAAGUUGCCCGUAUCUGGAUCCCUGUUAGAGCCCAGCGCUGGGGUCGUGGAGGUCAGCCGCUGUUACAUGCCGCGCUCGUGCUUCAGCGUGCUGAAGUGUAAGCUGAGGAUGUGGAAGUCGACCUCCCUGGUGUGCUUGUUGAGAACAUGCUGGUCCAUGACUCCGGCCAUCUACAGGAGUUACCGUCACGUCCCGCAGGUGAUGAAGCAGCUGUGUGCCGCUCAGCUCUGCAGCUGGAUCGCCGUCAUGUCUUUUGUGCUUUUCUUCACCGAAUUCAUGGGAGAAGGCCUGUACGAGGGCGUACCCAGCGCUUUACCAGGAAGUGCCUCCAAACUGAAAUAUGAACAAGGUAUCCGAAUGGGCAGCCUGGGCCUGUUCAUGCAGUGUGCUACCUCAACAAUCUUUUCCCUGAUCAUGAGUCAUUUGGUUCGUCACUUCGGCUCACGAACGGUCUACGUGAGCAGCAUGGUCUGCUUCACGCUCUCCGCUUUGGUCAUCUGUCUGUCCAGGAGUGUGUUUCUGACGAUUGUGAUGACAUCACUCACUGGCUUUGCAUAUGCCAUGCUGCAGACUCUGCCUUACACACUCACCUGCCAUUACCAUGCAAAGAAAGAGGUCUUUAUGCCAAAGAGAAAAGUUGACGUUAAGCAUAAAAAGGGAAUAAAAACCAAGAGAGACCCUUUAAUUGUCGCAGAUAUAGACGAGGAGGAAGGACUGAUCCACAAGACGGGGGAUCCCUACGGACACAACUUCAUAAACCAGAACGGGUCGUCUCAUAACGGCGGCGCCUCGGAGCAGGAAGAGGCAGAGGUGGGGUUCGAGAAACGCGGCGUGGGUUUAGACUUUGCCCUCUUAGACAGCACCUUCCUCCUCUCUCAGGUUAUCCCCUCUCUCUUCAUGGGCACCGUCGUUCAGCUGGCACACUCCGUCACUGCCUACAUCACCUGUUCUGCCAUCUUCGGUGCCCUCGCCAUCUACCUGGCCAGUCGGGUUGUCUUUGACCAAAAAGACCUCAAGUGCUGAGACUGAAGCAGGAGACGUGUCGUGCGGAGGAACGGAGGAGCGGAGGGAGCACAGAAUCAUUCAGGUUAAGGUUACGCCCAACAAUGCACUACUGUUCCCACAAUGCCUUGAUGAACUUGAUGAGCUCUUCAACGAAUGAGGAGAGAAAGUGGCCAACGUCAGAAUAUUUUUGAGCCCAGCAGGUUUUUUUUUUUUAUUUCACGGCCUUGUUCUCAAGUAUUUCUUUUUGUUUUAUAGGUAAACAACAACAUUCAAACACUUAGGGUUCGACAGACGACCUCUGCCCAAUGCUCUGUUGUCCGUUGAUAUUAAUACGUAAAGU